CUAAUAACCGCUACUUUUAUAUAUUAUAUACUUUUGGCUUCUCUAUUUGUUCCUUAUCUUCAUUGAUUCUUGGUUGUAGCUGCAAAUUCUCUUUUGGGUCAUCAUAAUUUCUCAAAUUCCACAUUGCAUUUUGAAUAAAAAUUUCUUGUUUAAUCCAUUCUUAUGGAAAAAAAGAACGUUUCAUACAAUCUGUCCGUCAUCAUUUUCUUGGAUAAUGGAAAAAAACUGUAGGGAGAAGUUCAAGAAAAAGUCCUUCAAAAAAAAAAAGUUCAAGAAAACUGGUGUAGGUUGAAAGAUGUGAUGACUGAAAAAGGUUCUUUGCCAUCAAAUUAUGUCGUUUUUCAUUUCACCCGACUAUACAAAAACCGAUAUCAUACAACUCUCUUACGUAGAGGCCACUUUAAGACGAGUGUACUAACAAGUUUCUUUCCCCAUUUUUCUCUCAACCAAAAUCACAAUUUUUAUUAUUUUCUACUAAAGAAAUCAUGCAUCUCUCUCUCAUUCCUAGCAAAGCCUGGUCUUCAAAAUCACAUCCUUUUCAUUAUCUAUCGAUUGCCAAAGUGUUCAUCAACCGGGUAGUUGAUUAAUUUCAACAUUCCCAAAGGAUUGAUACAUUAGAACACUGAUUCUGCAAUAACAAUACUUUUUUAGCCGACCAUCAAUAUUUACUGUAAACAUCUUUUUAGCCUUUGAAGCCAAGAUCAACAAAUGGGAGUAAUCUCAAUUUGGUCAGGGCUUCAAGUUUGUGCUAGAAAAUUGAGGGAGUGAGAGAGAUCAGAAUGUUUGAGAAAAUUAAAAAAUUGAGGAUGUAGGGAGUGAGUGAACAAAGCCUAAUCAUACUGUGGAUCUGCAUUUGAGAGCAUAUAUAAAAUAAAAUAAAAUAAAAAAGUUAUCAAAAAAUACAAAGAAAACAUAUUAUCUCUUUCAAAAAUUCAAUUAAGAAGAACUAGGGAUAAAACUAAAAUCGUGUCAUAAAAGAAGGGAGUGGGCUGUGCAGAGGAUUGAGAGAGAGACAUGCGUGAAUUGGUUGCCGGAAAACCCCAUACUCAGUUCGAUUCCAUUGAAAUUUGCUCAGCCACCAACAAUUCAUUGCCUUUUCCAUUAACAUACCUUUGUAAUGUUGUCUUCUAUCAUAGCCAACUUCAUACCUCUGUUAAAGCCUAUAACCAUGAUCCCACUUCAAAUCUUUCUCCUCUUUCUCUGUUUUUUUUUUUUUUUUUUCCCUUUCGUUUUUGUCCUCUCUCUUUGGGGUAAAAAUCAAAUUAGCCAUAUACGAUAUUAGUUGAAAACAAUAGAAAAAGAAAAGAAAAAAAUUAUAAGAAAAGAAAAGAAAGGAUCAUUCCAGAAAUUAUUAUAGAUUCGCUGAUAUAUUAAGAUAGACAUAUAAGGCAAAUAUAAAAGGAUAUUUUUGUCUAAAAGGAAUUAAUUUAAUAUGCUAGAAAAUACCAAUAAUUUAUUACCACGUGAAGUCGUCAAAAAUAUUAUUUUCCUAUAUAUUUUUCAGUGAUUUUCUGUAUUUGGAAUGUUGGAUUUGAUGGGAUUUGGAUUUAGAAAUAGGAUUUACAGUGUUUGGGAUCAUUAGAUUGUGAAUGGGAUUUUAAAGUAAAAAGAUUUCAAAUACUAUUUUUGAUGUGUUUCAAUCCCAAUCUAAAACGACGGGACGGGAUUUGGAAUAUAAAUACAAUAUUAUCUUAAUUAACCUUGUACAAUAUCUACUUAACCUAUUUCAAUCUCCAACCGUCUUCUUCUCAUUUAAUCUUGUCCUAUUAAAUAUAUACUAGCAUAUCUAUAUCUCUAACAUUAUUUAACUAACUCCAUACCGCUCUCUCAAAUAACUGUUUACAAAGAUUAUUUUACUUUUUAAUGAUUUUUUUUAAGUAUAUUGGUGAUGUUUAAUAAAUUAGUUUUUUAAUUAAAAAAUAAUUGCUCUUUUUUUACAUGAUUUGUUAAAUAAGUAAAUUUUAUAUUUCAGUUAUAUCAUUUAGUUUUUCUUUUUGUUUGUCUAUUUGAUGUAACUUUGGAGCAUAUUUGAUAAUAAAAUAAAUAUUUUAUUUAUCAUUUAAACAAGGGCAAAAAUGGUAUAAUAUUAUUUUUAUUCCAAAUUCCCUUUUAAAUCCAACUUCAAAUUCAAUUGGUUCUAAACAUAGAAAUGAAAUUUCAUUGUAAUUCCAAUUCCUUUUCUAAUUCUGAUUCCUUUUCCAAAUCCAAAAAUAAUUGAUUCCAAACAAAGCCAAGAAAAGAAACUUAUUGUGUACUUUUAACCCGUGUUGAGGGAGCCCGAAACAGGCCUUAGAAACGAGGGUUUUUGUAAGGGGUCGGAGAACCGAAGGAGUGAAUCUUUUUGUUGAAGCAUCAGCAGAUUUCACCGAAUUGAAGAAAAAGGAUAAAAGAUGGGGCGUGGAGAGGGCUGUGCAAUUCCGAAGACUGAGAAAUUUGAAUGCAUGAAGAGCCGUGCGAUUCCUGAGCCUGAGAAAUUUGAAAACAUUGGGGUGGGCUGUGCAAUUACUAAGUCUGAGAAAUUUGAAAACAUUAGGGUGUUCUUUGGAAUUCAUGAGUAUGAGAAAUUUGAUUCCAUUGGUGGGGUGUUCACAGCAAUUCCUACGUCUCAGAAAUUUGAAUGCAUUGGGGAGCUCUGUGCAAUUCUUAAGUCUGUGUCUUUUGCAAUUCAUAAGUAUGAGGAUUGUGAAUGCAUUACGCUGCGAUUUACAAUUCCUAAGCCUGAGAAAUUUGAAUGCAUUGGGGAGGGCUGUGCAAUCCCUAAGCCUGAGAAAUAUGUUUGUCAAGAAUGGAUGGAGGGCCACAAAUGCACGAUAUUAUGUGUAAUUCGUAAGAAACUACUUGAAAGCUCAAAAGACUUCCCAAAUCGUGAGAAACUACUCGAAAUCAUAAACCAAAUCGAGCGAUUCGAAAAUGUUGAAUGCGAUGGAGUAAUUAUCACGCCUGAGAAAUUUGAAUGGAUUGGAGAGGGCUGUGCAAUUCCCAAGUCUGAGAAAUUUGAAUGCAUUGGGGAGGGCUGUGCAAUUCCCAUUGGGGAGGGCUGUGCAAUUCCUAAUUUUGAGAAAUUUGAAUGCCUUGAAGAAUGCACGGAGGGCCACAAAUGCAGAUUAUGUGUCAAUCAUAAGGGACUGCUUCAAAUCGUGAAUGCAAUUCGGCGAUCUGCCUAUACUGAUAUCGGCCCCGGCUCUAUAAUAGAGCAAUUUGAUAAACGAGCGUUGAAAAACUGGAAUCUAUUCAAGCAAUGGGUUGAAUUAGACAACAUCAAGGAAGCGAGAAAGAGGAAAGGAGUUGAGGUGUCAGAGAGGUUGAGUAGCAAACGAGUGAAGCUAGAAGAAUAAAGGACGGGUGCUUUGCUGUGCUGAGGUUGGUUAAGAGGCUCAUUCAUUCCCUUUUCACUGCCAAACAUAUUAUUAAUUUUUUUUUUAAGCUAUUAGUUGUUUUAAAUGUGUCUGAGUUGUGGCAUAUGGCUUGAUCAAAAUACUAAUAGGUGGACUGGUCUUGUCAUAAUUUUACAUGUAUAAGACAUACUACUUUUGUUUUCUUAUGAGCAUUAACAUGUGAUGAAUUUCCUCCA